CGAAAUCAAAUUCGUGUUCCAAUAUCACAAAAAAAAAGAUAUCAGUGUCUAUAAAAGUCAGCAGGUUGGCAAAAACGUCAGUGCAUCAUGAAGAAUCAAAUCUGCAUUUUGUCUUUGGUCCUUAUUGCCCUUUCCUGUGCCCAGGCACAACGGGUGGCUGUCGCUACCCCCGACCUCGGUCCCGAGUGCCCCUCCAGUGGGGACACUUUUAUCCCUUACAAGGAGGAUUGUAACAAGUACUGGGAGUGCAGGUCGGGAGACAGGAGACUUAUGUCGUGUCCUGAGGGACUUUGGUUUAACAUGGAGCUCCUAGCAUGUGACUAUCCGGGAGAUUUUUGCGUUCCUGAUACACACAUAUUACAUAGUAAUAUCAAUAAAACUUGUGUUUAUUUAAGUGUUUUUGUGGUAACAAUAAUGGUACAAGAUCGAUAAAGUAAGAUAAAAUUCAUUUUGGGGCCAAGGUGUAGUAAAAAACAUUUUAAAAUGGCAGUAGAAAUGACGUAAAAAAGUAUUGUAGUAAAAAUUUAAUUUUUUUUUAAAUUGUUUUCCAAAAUAUGUACCCAAUUUGCAACAGAUAAUAAGUACAUUCACAAUAAGUGAUAAGAUUUUAAAUCAGUUAGUCAUCAAUUAGUGAUAAAAACAUGAAACACACCACUUGUGUGAUUUUUUUAAUAUACUCGUAAAUAAAAUUUACAAAAUUUCUCCUGGUGUUGAAAACAAUAUUAAAUAAAAUUGGAGUAUUUUAGAAAAUACAUAUAAUUUUGUGCUCACACAGUGUAGUGGAAAAAUGGUGAAAUAAUAUUUAAAA